AUGAUUAAAAUUAUGGAGCGGCUCAUUUGCAUUUGCUUGAAGAUGGAGGCAAUGUUGACAGCUUAUCGCAGCCUGAGGCCCUGUAGGUAUCUAUUUUUGUGGUCGAUUUGUGCCUCAGCUCUGGACUUGGGCUUCGCUUGGAGAUGCUUGUACAAAGAGUUUCCCGUGGACGAGCAAAGGAUAAAGGGCAUUUGGUGGAUCUACGCCUCGUAUCCUCAGCGAAGCAACGUAUGUUUGUUUGAAGAGUUGGAUCUCUACUGGAGCCGCAUCACCUGGACGGACUACGACAGCUUUGCCGUGGAGCUGCAUUGCUCAUUGCCCUGGUUUCGGCCGCAAAAUGUGAUUUAUACGCGUGCCCAGGAGCCCAGCGCACAGGUGCUCGAGCAGGUGGAAAAUUAUCUGUACAGUGUGGAUUUAUCCUUGAAGGGUUUGCGUCUGGUGGACAAGUCGAGUUGCCUGAAUCAUACAACUGUGCCCAUUCAGCGCUGGCAUCUGUCCAAGUACAUGCAUCUGGACUAUAAUCCGCAUUAUGUGAAGCCCCUGGUAAUAGACAAGAACAUCUAAGCAGCUCUCUCGAACUUUCUUUAACCUCAGACAUUUGCAUAUUUAUGCCAAUUUUACGGGGCCAACCCGAUUAGUUUGUGGCGACUUAUUAAUCAAGCCCAGAGAGCCCACAACUAAUUUGUGUACACUGAGCGAAACAUUAAAGAACCUAAGAAAAAGAAACUUUUAUGCGAGUGUUUGGAAGUGGCAAGUGCUCAAUACGAGAACGAAGUGU